AAUGGGUGGUCUUAACAGCGAUUGAUGGAAUUGUACUACAAUCACAGAGCUACAUCGGAGGCCACGUUGAAGUAUAUAAAAGAUUUUCGCGGCUGAUUCGCUCUUUGUGAUAAUGUCGGCUGAAUAUGAAGAUAGACCCAGAGAGAAUGGCCCAGAGGGCAUGGAGCCAGAUGGAGUCAUUGAGAGCAACUGGAACGAGAUCGUGGACAGCUUUGAUGAUAUGAGCCUGCGGGAGUUUUUGUUAAGAGGAAUCUAUGCAUAUGGUUUUGAAAAGCCCUCUGCCAUUCAGCAGCGGGCCAUUCUCCCUUGUAUCAAGGGUUAUGAUGUGAUUGCACAGGCCCAGUCGGGCACAGGGAAGACUGCCACUUUUGCCAUUUCAAUCCUACAGCAGAUUGAUACAGAGCUGAAGGGUACCCAGGCCUUGGUUCUGGCCCCCACAAGAGAGCUGGCUCAGCAGAUCCAGAAGGUGAUCCUGGCCCUUGGGGACUACAUGGGUGCUUCCUGCCAUGCCUGCAUUGGCGGGACCAACGUGCGCAAUGAGGUGCAGAAGUUGCAGGCUGAAGCACCCCACAUAGUUGUAGGAACACCAGGCAGAGUCUUUGACAUGCUCAAUCGAAAAUUUCUGUCUGCAAAGUACAUCAAGAUGUUUGUGCUGGAUGAAGCAGAUGAGAUGCUGAGCCGAGGGUUUAAGGACCAGAUCUAUGAGAUUUUCCAGAAGCUGGGCCCCAGCACACAGGUGGUGCUGCUGUCUGCCACCAUGCCACUAGAUGUGCUGGAGGUCACCAAGAAGUUCAUGCGGGAGCCCAUUCGCAUCUUGGUCAAGAAGGAGGAGCUGACCCUUGAGGGUAUCCGGCAGUUCUACAUCAAUGUGGAGAAAGAGGAGUGGAAGCUGGACACUCUGUGUGAUCUGUACGAGACCCUCACCAUCACCCAGGCUGUAAUCUUCAUCAACACACGUCGAAAAGUCGACUGGCUGACUGAGAAGAUGCAUGCCAGGGACUUUACAGUCUCUGCUCUGCAUGGAGAUAUGGACCAGAAAGAGAGAGAUCUGAUCAUGAGGGAGUUCCGUUCAGGUUCCAGCCGGGUUCUCAUCACCACUGACCUGCUGGCCCGUGGAAUUGAUGUACAGCAGGUUUCUUUGGUAAUAAACUAUGACCUGCCCACCAACCGAGAGAACUACAUUCACAGGAUUGGACGAGGGGGCCGUUUCGGCAGGAAGGGGGUCGCAAUCAACAUGGUCACAGAGGAUGACAAGCGUACACUUCGGGACAUUGAAACCUUCUACAACACCACUGUGGAGGAAAUGCCCCUGAAUGUGGCAGACUUGAUCUAGAAAAACACUGCCCCAAUAUUUCUCCCUUCAUUCAAUUUUGAGGUACCCCCAUCCAGAUCAAACUCCCUAUGUUGCAACCCCCUCCCCCAAACUCUGAAUUUACCCUCGGUAGGAACAGGGAAAUGUAUUUACCUUCUCGUUCAUGUAACCCCUUUCUAGAUCAGAAGUGGGGGACAAGAGACUACUCAUUCUUGCUUGGUCACAAGAUCCGCGCAGUGAAGUAGGGCCAUGUUCAAUCCAUUUAGAACUCGGGCUCCCAGUACAUGGUCCAGAUUGGUUUUUGUGCUGUAUUUCCCAUUCUAUUCUUUACACAAGUUAAUCAAGCCUUUGUGGAGUAUAUUGAGUGGUGUCAUUGCAACACUACAGUGUUGCCUGAUUGGUUGUGUAACUCUGUAGUCUUUCAGCUGCUUGUUGGCACAUUUGAAAGUCUGGGAGUGGGAGGUGCCUGCACAUUUCACCAAACUUUAACCGGUUUUGUUUUCCUUGCCUUAAUUAAAUCACUACUUGGGUGCUUCAGCGCUUUAAGCAGUUUUCGGAUCAAACAAAUCGAAAAGUACUUUUACCUACAAGAGGUAGAGGGAUACUAUACAAUGAACUAACUUGUCAGGUGCCUGAUGAAAUAUUGAAUUGAUGUGGGGGGAAAAAAAGAAUUUAUAUUUUUCAGAGCUUAAGGGCAACUGUGUUAAAGGGUAGUGGUUUAUACUCUUUGCCUUUCUCAUUGGCUCUUUUUGGGUGUAAAAGUGUAUGCAAUGAGAAGACUGGAGUAUUGCAUUGGACACAGAACAACACAUUCAGAUUCCUAAAGAACCAUACAGUGACUUGGAAGCAUUUCAUAUACUAUAUUAAAUCAGUUUGGAUUAAGGUCACAUUUUACAUUUUUUGGGGAGAGGGGAGAAAACCUCCAAUAAAAAAAUGAAAAUCAUGAAUCAGUUUGAUUAUAAUUUUUCUGCUGUUAGAUUGUAUCCAUAAUUUCCUUCUGACUAGUUUGAGUGCAUUUUGCGAGGUAAAGAAUUUCAUGGAAAGGAGUGAGCUUGUCCAGAGUCUGACUUCUAACUAGGCUGUUCAAUGCAUAUUUCUUUCCAGAAUUGCCAUUGUAUAUUUACGUCUUUGGACACAGAAGUGCAUUCUAAAUGACGUGAAAUGGGGUGUGUUGUUGGUAACCUACCUCACCAAAACAUGUUGGAGGGGUCUAAUGCAAGGACCAAACUGAAAAUGAUUUGAGUAUAGAGAUUAUAACUUAAGUGUUUUUUAUUUUUAAUGCCUGUAUUGGGGUGGGUGGGUGGGUUAGAAGGGAGGUGGGGUGUCAGUGAUAUUUUUUAAAUGAAUUUAUUAAAAUGUGUUACAAUUGUUAACUUUUGACAGAAGCCAUGUAUUAAGACUUUCUACAUUGGAUUCUGUAUAGUAUUUAUUUUAAAGGUCUUAAAUAAAGGUUUUCUUUCUCCUU